GCCUCUAGCAACACCAAGCUGUUGAUCGAGGCGAAGAAUGUUGCUGACCUUAUCCACAAAAACAAGCCCUCCAUCAAAGCUUACAUCAGCAUGCACUCAUACACUCAGCUUCUGCUCUUCCCCUACUCCUACACCUUUCAUCUGGCUGCAGACCAUGGCAAGCGGAGGCUCCGACGAUUGGGCCUACGACCUCAGAGUAAAAUAUAUCUACACCUUUGUGUUGGGUGACAAUGGUCACUAUGGCUUCCUGCUGCCCGAGUCUGAGAUGAAGCCAAUCUGUAAGGAGACCGAGCUGACUGUGAAGUAUAUCACCACCCACGUGCAAAAGAUCUCUAUUAAAAAGUGUAGCAGCCAGGACCCCUGCUAACACAGCCAGGACCCCUGCCAACGCUACUCCCACCACCCCUUACAACCUCUAACCAAUCUUCUUGUGUGUUUCCAUGGAUACGGUCACCUCCAGCCAUGUUUUCUCAUUGUGUUUGACAGAAUGUCAAGAUAAGUGGAAACAAUAAAAUCAA